UGUGACAGGGCCCAUUGAUUAGUAUCGUUUUGUUGCUAAAUGUGCGUGGAAUCGAAGCGGGGUUCGUCGCGGAAUAUUUUUGAUUUAGGUGUAAUCAAUUUAAAAAUAUUAAAGGCAAAUCCCUUGAUUUUAAGAAAUUAAUAUUUCCUGGUCAUAUAUUCGUUGGGUCGCAAAUAAAUCCAUCACAGCAUAUGCCUAUUAUGAAGGCAACAGCUGACGCAAUACAACCCAUAUAUUUAAAUAAUAAACAAAUUUGCGACGAUAUUAUUAGAAAGUGCUCGCCUUCACGCCGUUUGGAAUCAAGAGAACUAGCAAGAAUACUUAUAAAUCCGCAUAUCAGGAAUAUGUAUCUGAAGCAGUGGCGGGCGAACUCACAGUAUCACAUAUUGCGAAACUCAUGCUCAAAUUUCUACAAAAGAGACGAGUGGCGUAUGCAUCAGUCGAUUUGGUGCGACUUCUGGACAUUUUUAAAUUAAAUUUGAUGCCGAGGAACUCAAUCAAAGGGGGCGCAUUCUCAUUAAAAUCAUCGGAAUUUUAUUGUUGUCCUUUUAAGGAUCCGCGUGGUGUGUAUUUUAUUAAACUCUCGUGGAUGAUAAUGAAAACCAGACUUUUUCGGGUAAGCAAAUUGUUCGAGUCUUCGAAUGUUAUGUUUUGUUAUACCCGAACGCACUUGUGCGGAAGGGUACUAGAGCUCUGUAACAGCCUAAGGCAAUAGAUAUAGAC